AUGGACGCCAACGCGUUAGCGUCCAUUCACGCGGUGGCGGGGCACAAAAUAUGUUCGAGAAAAAAAAGUGCCAUCCCAACGGAGCUGGGGAGCCUGGCAGCAGUGCAAAAGCUUUACCUCGGGUGCAACCAGUUGAGCGGCCCCAUCCCGCGGGAGCUCGGGAACCUCGCAGCGCUACACGACCUCAGCCUUGGAAACAACGAGCUAAGCGGUGCGAUCCCUGCGCAGCUCGGCGCUCUCACUACGCUCAUGGUGCUCAACCUGUCCGACAACGAGUUAGAUGGCCCCAUUCCGCCGGAGCUGGGGAACCUUGCGGCACUGAAGGAGCUCUCCCUUUCGAGUAACCAGCUCAGCGUUUUGAAGCCUUGA